UGUUUUAACUUCCGGUUUGAAAUACAUGCUGCACUUUCGUCAGAUUGACAUUGAAUUAUUUAACACCUUAAACAUUCUAAUCUUAAUCGAUUUAUCACACUUUAGAUAAUUGAAACAAUAAAGCAACUACGUUAAAUUGUUCUGCGAUCGUACAAAGAGUAUGGCACGUCUUCUUAAUUCCCUAGGAACUCUUGGUGUAGGCCUUGUUGUCGCCGGGUCGGUCGUAAAUUCUGCAUUAUAUAACGUUGAUGGUGGACAUCGAGCUGUGAUAUUUGACAGAUUCCGUGGUGUACAAGAGACUAUUGUUGGAGAAGGAACACAUUUCCUCAUCCCCUGGGUACAAAGACCAAUCAUAUUUGAUGUACGAGCUAAGCCAAGAAACAUACCAGUAGCCACAGGAAGCAAAGAUUUACAGACGGUGUCUGUCACAUUAAGAAUCUUGUUAAGACCAAAGCCAGAGGCAUUGCCAUCAAUUUACACAAACCUUGGUAUCGAUUAUGAUGAGAGAGUCCUACCAUCCAUUACCACAGAAGUUCUCAAAGCCGUUGUUGCCCAGUUUGAUGCCUCAGAGAUGAUAACACAGAGAGAAAUUGUGUCAGCCAAAGUCAGAGAAGAGCUGACAAAAAGAGCAGCUUCUUUCAGUUUGUUGUUAGAUGACAUUUCAUUGACACAUUUGACAUUCAUGUCAGAGUUCACAAGCGCCGUAGAACAAAAGCAGGUUGCACAGCAGGACGCUGAACGUGCAAGAUACCUUGUAGAGAAGGAAGAACAAGUGAAAAAUGCUGCCAUUAUCCGAGCUGAAGGUGAAUCAACAGCUGCUAACCUGGUUGCUAAGGCGAUUGGCGAAGCUGGAGAGGGUCUUGUAGAACUGAGAAAAAUUGAAGCGGCAGAAGACAUUGCGUACCAACUGUCACAGUCACGGAACGUUAACUACCUACCCUCUGGACAGCAAACUUUGUUAGCUUUACCCUCACAAUAAACUAUUUAUGACAGAUAGAAAAAAUAAUUUGGCACUUGUGAGCUUGGACUAAGUAUUAGAAAAAAAACGUUUUAGUGUGAAACCAGUCUCAAAAUGUAACCUUUGUCAUUGGUCAGUUUCAAAAGUAAGCUUAGAAUCAGCCAAUCAAAUUUUUGGAGACUGGUCUCCUGACUUGAUCUUAUGACCCUUGGAAAAGAAAAAAUCGAAAUCACACUGUAAAAUGUGUGAAGUGAAUAAUUGUUCAGAUAUUUUUAGAACAAAGACUUUGAUAUUGUUUAUGAAUAUAUAUGUAAAAGAGUUAACUUUAAAUAAUAUGUUCAGAGAUUUGUAUGGAACAUAUAUAGCCUUGUAGAUAUAUACAGUGUGUAUAUCUGAACAAGGAGGUUGUAGGUUUAAGACGUCCCAGCAACUUUACAUCUUUGUCAUUUUUAGCUCGACUAUUCGAAGAAUAGGGGAGCUAUCCUACUCGCCCCGGCGUGAGCGCUAGCGUGAGCGUCACACAAAUGUUAAAGUUUGCGUACCACCCAAAAAAUUUUCAAAGUCCAUUGAGAUAUUGCUUUCAUAUUUUGCAUACUUGUUUACCAUCAUGACUCCAGUCUGUAAAAAGGAGGAGGCAACUCUAUCAAGCAUUUUGACUGAAUUAUGGCCCCUUUUCGACUUAGAAUAAUGUUAAAGUUUGCGUACCACCCAAAAUAUUUUCAAAGUCCAUUGAGUUAUUGCUUUCAUAUUUUGCAUACUUGUUAACCAUCAUGACCCCAGUCUUUAAAAAGGAGGAGGCAACUCUAUCAAGCAUUUUGACUGAAUUAUGGCCCCUUUUCGACUUAGAAUAUGCUUAUUGUAAUGUUAAAGUUUUACUCAUAGCUUAUAUUAUACUAUCAAGCACUGAGAAUAGUCGAGCGCGCUGUCCACUGACAGCUCUUGUUACUGAUUACUAGUACACUAGAACUUAAUUCUACCAUUGCUUUGAUUGUAGAAGUAAGUGAAGCAACCGUUCAUGUGUGAUGUAUGUUACAUCAUGUAAGGUAAAUUCUAAAAAUCAGUUCACGAUAUAUAUCAUUUGUUCAAGUAUUUGUAUCUGAUGAAAAAAAAAACUGGUUUUGUGUCCAGAUUGAUAUGAAUACUGUCAAGCCACCUUUUUUUGUUUCAGCUAGCAAUAUAAAAUUUACGACAUGCUAAAAAUACAUGUAUUUUGUUAUUUUCAGAGGUAUGAUAAAAAAACAAGUCGUAUUUCUACUUAACAUAAUGUUAUUGACUGUACUAAGAGUAUAAUUAUAUUUGUAUGUGAUGUGCUGGUAAAACAAAGAAAUAAUCUCAAAACCACA